UUCAAAUAUAGAGGAGGAGCCUUGAGGUGGGUUUGUGUUAUCUGGAAGAGAGAGAUUGAGAUCGAUAUCCAUUGAGAAAUCAAAGAAAUGGCACCCGUCGGAUUGCCUCCUGGUUUUAGAUUCCAUCCGACGGACGAGGAGCUUGUGAAUUACUAUCUCAAGAGGAAGAUCAACGGCCAAGAAAUUGAGCUUGAUAUCAUCCCUGAAAUUGAUCUCUACAAAUGUGAGCCAUGGGAGUUGGCAGAGAAAUCGUUCUUGCCAAGUAGAGAUCCGGAGUGGUACUUCUUUGGACCCCGGGACCGGAAGUAUCCAAACGGGUUCAGGACAAAUAGGGCAACUCGAGCUGGAUACUGGAAAUCUACUGGAAAAGACAGGAAGGUUUCGAGUCAAAAUCGAGCCAUCGGAAUGAAGAAGACAUUGGUUUACUACAGAGGCCGAGCUCCUCAGGGGAUUAGGACUGAUUGGGUGAUGCAUGAAUAUCGUCUUGACGACAAGGAGUGUGAAGACACCACUGGCAUUCAGGUAGAUUCUUACGCAUUGUGUCGUGUGUUCAAGAAGAAUGGGAUUUGUUCUGAAAUUGAAGAACAAUCUGGCCAAUGCAGUAGCUUGAUGAUGGCGACGAUGAUCGAGAAUUCCCCGAUCGUAACAAACGAAUACGAGACCAUGUCGCCGGAUAUUGUUCCGGUUGCCUCAUCGUCAUGUAUGGAGGAGGAAGACAGAGAUGAUUCAUGGAUGCAGUUCAUCACAGAUGAUGCAUGGUGUUCUUCAAACACUGCUAUGGGUGGAGAAGAAGUUUCUCCUGUGACUUUCACAAACUAAAAAAGUGUUGUUUAUUAUUAAAGGUGGUGGUUAUCCAAUAAUAUAUUUUUCUAAUCACAAUAAUAAAAAAAAGAGGUCUCAAAACAAUUUACAUGGUAAAUUAAUAUGUUAAUUAUUCUAAGUUUGUAGAUUACUAUAUAUAUAUAUGUUAUCUCUAACUGGAUGUGGUUUAAUUACUUUGUUUUUGGUUUGGAUUGGUGGAUUCAAAAG